AUGAAGCGCCAAGUACCCCAGGAGCCUUCAGAAGACAGCCAACCAUCCCGAAAGAGAGGCUUGUCCAGCCGGCGUCCAAGGGCCUCUCAAGCAUGCCUUUCUUGCGCUGCUUCCAAGGUUCGAUGCGACGAUCUUGAGAUAUGCCGACGUUGUUUGAAACGUGGUGUUUCCUGCAUUCGCUCAAGUCAGGUUAGAGAAGACUGCCGGAUGGCAUCAGCAGAAGCUCCACGCGCACUGAGUGAGACCAGCACCAGGACCUCAAUCGAUGGAGGUGAUUCUACCACUUUAUCGCUGACAACAAACGACUCUGCCGAAGUGCCACCAUUGACCAUGGCGAGUACAAUGCCUGCUGCCAGAGACGAGGGUGGGGAAGGUCUUUUGAUUGAUGAUGAAACUCCUGACUUUGAUUUCGCUUUUCCGAGUUCUCACAUGUCACUAGAUUGUUCGCGACCUCUACAGGUUUGCAGUGACAUCCAGGCUACAGACAUUAUCGACACGACGCUAAGUGACACUGCUGGGUGGCCAAAGAAUGCCUCGCUUCAUGCGGAAUUCGACCCGUCCUUUCUUCUUCCUCUCCCCUACAUUGAUUUCUCCGGAUUCAUCGACGGUAGUUCAUUGCACAACUUCACAGACUCAAUAGCCACAAGUUCCAAAGGCUUGCCUACUGAGGAUAAACUCGGGUUCGAGGAGGCUGUAAUAGCCUACAAUACCACUUUGGGAAGUUGGAAACCCAGUAACGAGGACUACAUAGCCACAGCAAGAGCCGCUCUCUAUAUUCCGCUCGAUGAACAACUUCACCUGGGGGAGGGCCUAGGACAUCUGAAUCCCUCUGUAAUCAAGGGGUCUUUGUCGUCUGCGAGAAGAGAUGAGAUCAUCGUGGCUAUGAUCGAUUGGGGUCAGACGGCCCACUCAUUGCAGGCAAUUCGAAUGUUCCCCUCAACCGAGAUACUGGACAAGUUUCUCAAGGUGUUCCUCACCACUCAGGAAACCAAUGCCUCGGCCUUCAUCCACAUUGCGACAUUCGAUCCCUCAACUUGCAGUUUAUAUCUUGUUAUAGCAUGUAUUAUUGCUGGCGCUGCAUCAUCAUCCAGGCCUUCUGCCCGCAAGUUCGCCUUGGGACUGUUUGAUGUGCUACGCCUCCACCUUGCAGCAUCAGGUGAACGGGAAAAUACCUUGACUCGCGACCUCUCAAUAUCUGAGAUAUCUGAUUUUUUGUCAGAGCUUACAAUAUUAAUGCUUCGACACGCUGGCAUGCUUGCUCAACAUACCUAUUUUCAUCCAAGUCUCAUGCUGGAUAGGCCCUCCAGCGAGCUAGAUAAGUCGUGGGGAAAAUGGGCACAACAGGAGUCCUUCAAGCGGACAGUUUUCCGACAUCUUCUACAAUGCACGCAGCGAUCCGUCAUAAGGAACGUGCAAGCACAGUUGUGUCCGCUCGAAGUCUCGACACCUUUACCGGAAGAUUGUCGGUUUUGGUUUGCAAAGUCAGCGGCUGAGUGGGAAUCCCUUUAUAAACAGUACCCUCGUCCUGUAGAGCCUAGAAUAACGAUUAACGACUGCCUCUCUGAUAUCCGAUCGAUCGACCUGCCCUCAAGUCUGUCUAAACUUUGGGUGCUAUAUUCUUUACUUUCGCUCCUUAUCAAAGAUCAUCGUCGAAUUUCAAUUCUACACAAGAAACAGGAUCCUGGUUGGUCGUUCACUGACGUGACUCGAUCACCUCUUGACUCGCAUCUGGUAUUUAUAUUCAGUGAGUUGCGACACAUAAUUGAAGGAGAUCCAGCCAAACCACCUAUUCUCACCUUUAUGGUAGAGUUCAACAUCCUUUACUCGGCCAUACCCAGACAUCUCAGAGACAGUCUUUUAACCAAUGGGAAAAAAACGUCUGCUUCUGAUGAUCUUUCUCAGCUUCAAGAAUGGCAAGGUCGAUCCAGCAGGUCAGCAAUUUGGCAUGCGGGUCAGCUUAUCAGAGCUUGUAGAAUGAUCACACCAGAGGAACGCAGAGAUUUCCAUUUAAUUGGUGUCUGUCACUCUCUGUUGUGUCUCUGGACUUACUGGACUGCCACCAAAAAAAGACCGUCAGGUAUAACAGGCACAAAAGCCAUUAGUCUACCUCGGGUUCAGUUAGAUGGACCUGAGUCGCUCGAGUCUCAGAGAUGGAUUAGUCACAACAAAGGGACCCCGUACUUGGCUGAGCCAUGUGAGACCGAUGGGAUAUGUGGUGCUGAGCUGGUUCCAGUUGAUGCUACUCAUUCGGAAGAAAACCAGUCCAGACUUCCUUUAGUUGGUAUAUUGAGUGAGUGCUUCUCAAAUAAGGUAAUCGGGCGAUAUAUUCCCAUAUUUCAGCAUGCUUCACUUGUCUUACAUAACUUGGAAAAAUUGUAA